AUGCCAUCAGAAGACCCAGUCAAGAGAUUCAAGCGCAUCGGCAUUGUCGGAGCGGGGAAUAUGGGCUCGAUGAUGACCUUUGCCUUCUCCGAACUCGGUUGCGAUGUCUCGGUAUGGGACGUGAGCCCAAAGAAUGUCGAUUCUGUGAUGAACUUCGCCAAAAGUGCACAGCACCUGAAGGGCAAGAUCUACGGGUUCUACAACAUCGACGAGUUUACUAAGAGCCUGGAGGGCCAGGCCGAGCGGAAGUUAUUCAUCUUUUCCAUCACACAUGGUCACCCAGCAGACUCUGUACUGGGGAUGAUCAAACAUGAUCUGAAGGCCGGCGACAUCAUCCUCGACGGAGGAAAUGAAAACUACCGACGGACAGAAAGAAGACAGAGAGAGUGCGCACAGAUCGGGGUCCACUGGAUCGGAAUGGGGGUCUCUGGAGGCUACCAAUCCGCUCGACACGGGCCCAGCUUGUCGCCUGGUGGAGAUGCCAAAGCACUCGAGCUCGUCUUACCGCUGCUGGAGCUCUAUUCCGCCAAGGAUCGCAAGACUGGCAAGCCAUGUGUCACACGGAUUGGCCCUGCAGGCUCGGGACACUACGUCAAGAUGGUUCACAAUGGUAUUGAAGGAGGUAUGCUCUCGACACUCGCGGAGGCAUGGUCCAUCCUCCAUAACGGGUUAGGCCUCAACUAUGAUGAGAUUGGCGAUCUCUUCUCCAAGUGGAACCAAGACGGCGAGCUCAAGAACAAUUACCUCCUUCAGAUCGGCGCAGAUAUGUUGCACAAGAAGAAGACACCACAAGGUGACUACCACGGCGAAGGCGCUAGCAGAGAUGAUGGCUAUGUACUUGACGAUGUGCUUGACAAGGUGGUCCAGGACGAUGACGGCACCGAGGGGACUCCGUACUGGUCGGUUAUGGAAUCGGCUGAGCGUCACGUCGCGGCUCCCACUCUUGCAACAGCUCACUUUCUGCGUGUGGCCAGCGGGAAUCGUGAAGAGAGACUUCGAGUCGCCAAGAAACUUCAUAUGCCCAGCCCCAAGCCAAUUGAGACCAUCAAAGAUCGCGCUGCUUUCAUUGAGAACUUGCGCCGAGCAGUGUACUGCUCCUUCUUGGCAUCGUUCUGCCAGGGCCUCGAAUUGAUAUCGCGCGCUUCUGAGGACGAGGGAUGGGACAUUGAUCUCGGCAGAUGCCUUCAGAUCUGGCGAGCCGGUUGCAUUAUCCAGUCCGAAGCCAUCGCAGACCUUCUGCAGCCCAGCCUGACAUCCAGCAAGCGACUCACCAAUAUGAAGUUCGUGGACGAGGUCGCCCGAGAACUGCACAAGAAUUUUGACGCCCUAAAAGAGAUUGUGAUUGAAGGGAUCCUGUCUGAUCAGUACAUGCCGGCUCUGUCUGCCACGUUAGAGUACUUGAAGUAUGAAGGGGGAACAAUGCUGCCGACCAAAUUUAUGGAGGCGCAGAUGGACUACUUUGGCGCUCAUGCGUACAACAAGCCAGGUAUCCCAGGUGAAGAUCCAGGUCCAGUCAAGAAGGGGCCCCAUCAUUAUGAAUGGAAGCCAGCAUAA